UGUCUUCUGUCACAUUCAAAUUAACCUAAAUUUCCAGGCUGGAAAAGUUGAUUUCUCACUUAUCAUCAAAUCGCCUGGAAUAAUUCAUUGGAAAUAGAAAUCUCAUGAAAUAUUUAUAUUUGUUCAGAAAUAUUUAAUUGUUUUAUUCUGUAGUGGUACUGGUAAUAUCACUUUAGAAAUGUUUAUUUCAAGGACCAUUCUCAAUUCAAAACCCACUGCAAUUGCAAUUAUAAAUAACUCCAUUAGAAAUGCCUCAAAUAAAACAAAAACUGGGAUAGUUAUGAUGAAUAUGGGUGGACCCCAGAAGAUUGAACAAGUUUAUGAUUAUUUGCAUAACAUAAUGACUGAUAGAGAUAUGAUUCAGUUACCAUUUGCUCAGGACUAUAUGGGAAAAUGGAUAGCUAAGCGUCGUACUCCAGAGGUACAAAAAAAGUACUCAGAAAUUGGGGGUGGAUCACCCAUUUUAGAUUGGACGAAUAAACAGGGAGAGUUAUUAUGCAAGAAGCUGGGAGAAAUUCUCCCAAACCAUGGUCCUUAUAAACAUUAUGUUGCUUUUCGUUAUGUAAAUCCUUUUACAAAAGAUGCUUUUGAGGAAAUGAAAAGAGAUGGAAUAGAACAUGCUGUACUAUUUUCUCAAUAUCCUCAGUACAGUUGUGCAACUUCAGGUUCCAGUUAUAAUGCUAUCUAUAAUUAUCUUAAAAAUAAUGAGGCAAUGAAAGAUCUGAAAAUCAGUGUUAUAGAUAGGUGGAGUUCACAUCCACUUUUGGUUAAAUGUUUUGCUGAUCUAAUUAAAGAAGAACUACACAAAGUGUCAGAAAAGAAUAGAAAGGAUACUAUUAUAUUAUUUUCUGCUCAUUCUUUACCCCUCAAAGCUGUGAAUAGAGGUGAUCCUUACCCAUCAGAAGUAGGCACAACUGUGAAUCUAGUAAUGAAUGAGUUGAAAUAUUGUAACCCAUAUCAACUUGUUUGGCAGUCAAAAGUAGGACCACUGCCUUGGUUAGGACCUUUCACUGAUGAAGCUAUAGAAGGAUAUGUUAAACAAGGAAAGAAGUCUUUUGUUAUAGUUCCUAUUGCUUUCGUCAAUGAACAUAUUGAAACCUUGCAUGAAUUAGACAUUGAGUAUUGUCAAGAAUUGGCUGAAAAGGUUGGUGUAGAAGAAGUUCGACGAGUUCCAGCUCCAAAUGUUCAACCAAUAUUCAUAUCUGCAUUAGCUGAUAUAGUGAAACAUCAUUUUGAAAAUAAAGUUCCAGUAACCAAAAAAUUCUUAAAUCAGUGCCCCCACUGUGUGAACUCUAAUUGUUACAAUAGUAAGAAAUGGUUCAAGUCGGUUGCCAGUUUUUGAUGUGAUGAAAAAAAUUUUUUUUAAUAACAACAUCCUAACUUGUUUGAAUAAGAAAACAUUUAUAAUAUAUUAUGUUAUGUUGGAUCAAUUGUAAACUUUUAUAAGUAAAUUAUAAUUUUAAUUUCAA